AUGAUAUUCAACAUUGACAGUGAUCGUUUAUCGUUUUCCGAACCAGAUUUGCCAGCAUCGCUGAAACAUUUGGAUCGUUUUGCCAUUAAACAUCCGCACGAAUAUAUCACGGUCGAUGAGCUGAAGUUUUAUAGAAGACGUAGACCACCAGAACAUUUAACCAAAAGCCAUAUAUGUCUGAAAGAUUUGAAGAAUGAUUUAGUGCUUCCUUUUAGUCCCUUAAAGUCGGAAUAUAGAAGGAGUUAUCUUGACAUAGAGCUACCACUAAGAACUCUAUCGCUAAGAAGAGCCACCUCUUUGCGUUUGGAAGGUUUGAUGCCAUUGAAUAGAUCAGAACACCAAGAUCGUUAUCUGUGGUUUACACCAGAAGUUUCUAGAAGCUGCCGUUCAUAUCCCAUGAAAAAACCUGAAAGUCUACGUUUAGCUGGCGAUUUUGACAUGGAACCAGAAUAUCGUUCAUCCUAUAUAAUGCAUCCCAUGGUAGACCGCGCCACCAAGAUUCUACCCCGAGAAAUGUUCAGUUUACAAUCUCCUGUUAAGGCGAAUAAAACAGCAACAAAGUCAUCGGUUGACAUUGAAUUAAUUCAAAAAGUAAAUGAAGAUAAAGCACAACGCGAAAAGGCCAGUGAUUUACAACAGGAGUGUCAUUUGCAGAGAAGAGCCCUCACCGAUGACUAUCAGUUUAAUGUUUCACCCUCCGAAUAUCAAAGGCAAUUUGUGCCACAACUAAUUGAGAAGGCUCACUCCAUACCACAAAUAAGCCAUAUUAAAAUGCAGGGCGAUUUCCAUACCAUACCCGAGUAUCAAGACAGUUUUAAGAUGUAUGCCAACUAUGCUAAACCCAUGCCUAUUAUAAAAACUGACAAUUUACGCAUGUCGGGUUCGGAAAUUCAGACAAAUUCCCAUGAAGAUUCCAAAACUAUGCCAGAGUAUCGUGAGAAAUUCCACGAUCUACCGAAAGAGGUGGUAAAAGAGAAAUCUUUGAAAACAGAAGACCAUUUAAGACCGCAUGGAGAAUUUUCAAAAGAUGUGCCAGAAUAUUAUGAGAGCUUCCGUGAUCCCCAAGUCAGACAAUUGCCCGAAAAGGGUAAAUGCCGUGAACCUUACCUUCAUUUGAAGGGAAAACUCGAAUUUAAUCCGGAAUAUAGAAAUACAUAUUUAAAUUUUCCGCGCUCCAGACCGAUAGUACCAAAACCUACUUCCACUUUUCGUUUACCCACCUCUAAUACCACCACCACUACCACAAACUCUUCCCGCAAUAGAUCUUCAGUUUCACCACGAAAAUAUCAACAAGAUGCAUUAAACUCAACAACCAGUGUUGUAGAACCAGAAACUGAUAUCACAAUAACACCAGAAUACCGUAGAGCUUGUUAUAACUAUCAGAUUCGCGAAAGAUCACCAAAACAAAAAGCCGUCAUAGAGACUCCAAAGCCCAAAGAUGGCAAGAAAUUUCAUCGUAAAUCGGUUUCACCUCAAUAUCCAAAAAACACCACUGCCUUUAACCGUCAACGCCGAACUUUGGCAUUGGAGUCGCCACAAUCUUCUUCGCCCGGCCUCGAAAAUAUCAGACAACAAAAGACACCUAAGUUUGGUAGACGCGCUGCUGGAUCGGUUUUAAAGAAUGCGGAAAAUUGUCGUGCAAACACUUCGAUUAUAGAGGGCAAUCCCAAGUAUACCAUGACACAGCGUAAAGAUGCCUUCAAUUCGGAAAAUAUACAUGAUUCGUUUGUUGUUUUGGAAAACAAACCCUGUAAGCGUUCCCACUGGAUGAAAUAGUAUUAAGAGAAAUUUGACAAAUUAAUAAAACAAGAAUUUUUGAGUGCAAUUAA